AUGUCGCAAAAGCACGAUCAGCCUCCCGCCUACGGCGCUCCUCCCCCCGGCGCUCCCCAGCAGGCUUACUACCCACCCCAGGGCGGCCCUCCUCCUCAGGGUCCCUAUGAUCAGCAACAGCCUUACUACCAGCAGGGCCCUCAGAUGGGCUAUGGCCAACAGCCACCUCCCGGCGCGUAUUACCAGCAGCAGGGCCCGUAUCCUCCUCAGGGACAGUACUACCCACCGCAGCAACAAGAGAAGAAGGGACCUGGUUUCUUCGAGGCGUGCUUGGCCGGUAUGGCGUGUUGCUGCUGCUUGGACAUCCUGUUCUAA